GCCCAGGAUCACCUCUUCUUUCUUUCCUUCACUCUCCUCACUCAGCUCUCCAGGGGAGUCCGGGCCAGAUUGAGAGCUCCCCACUCUGGGCAGAGUCAUGCGAACCCAGGCUCUGCUGCCCAUCCUGCUUCUCUGUGUUCUGCUGCUGCAGGCCCAGGGAGGGUCCUAUAACCAGAAGAAGAAGAAAAAGCAGCUAUCACCAGAAAUCAAGGAGUGUGAGAAGAGAGCCAAAAUAUAUCUGUGCACAUUCCCCUGCACACAUCACCGACAGUGCCAAGCAAACACCAUAUGCUGUUCAACCUUCUGCGGGAAUGUUUGCAUGAACAUACUGUGAGUCAGAGAGCAGGCUGGGCUGUGCUUCCUGCUCCCCCCAACCCUCUACCCAGAGACUGUACCUGCAGCCGAAGACAAGGACCUGACACCCGGAAUGAGGAUGUCAAUAGGAAUGCCACCCUCCCCACCGU